AUGGCUUCGACAAAGCCCGUUGUGGCUGUGGCGUUAGCCAGCAUCUUCACGGCAGGCCUAGCGUUUGCUGAUGUCCAGGUCGCCGUCUACCACGACGCUACCUACUCUUUAUCUGAGUAUUUGGGUGUACCAUGCUCUGGUGUUGGAGCAGAACCUGACGGCACCGCUUGCCCCAAGACCGGUGACGUCGCCAUCGCUGACUGCCAGCCGUACCUACUGUCCUACAAUGGCGCAGUAUGCGUUGCUCCAGUCGACGCUGCGUGUGUACUCGGGGACGACGACGUGUGGCACUGCGAAUUCCCCAAGACGGGAUACACCUCAGCUGUAGAGGCUGAGACCAUUGCAGCAUACGAUGAAGCACCAACUGGUAUCACCUACGACACUACUCUCAAUAAACCACUUGAAAUCAACUGCGAUGUAGCACCCGAAAAAUAUCGCCCAACCCAACAGACA